GAGGGAGGAUCUUUCUUCCUGUAGUCUCUGAUUGAAUCAGUCCAGUUUCAAUUAGUUCCAGAUACAAGCUUGAAAGAACGGAAAUAUCUUUGGACGAUUAGACUGCCCUUCUGGAUAUACUGGCGACGUUUAUCAAAAGGAACUAAGAAGAAGCCGGAGAACGUAAUUACUAAUGUAGGCUAGUACUUGUGUGCCGUUGUUCAGUGAACGUGUAGGCUCCAUCUAUACUGGGGCGUAUCAGAUUUUAACUGCGCAGAGACGCCUACCCUGAAUGUUGUCAAGGAGGGCAUACAUUGUUUGGAUAAACGGCUACUCUUUUUGUUUUGAUGGCAUGCCAACCGCAAUAAGAACUGUAAUUCCGCAAUGGAAACGUGUUCAUGGCAUCGCUCUUUCAUGUGAAGAGCCUUGCGCACUGCAGUAAAAGCAGGGCUGUGUUAUCGUAUUUUGGAUUGUGAAUUCGAAUAUGUGUUGGCUGGAGUAUUACCUAACCCACUGGACACACACUAGUUGAAUCAACGUUGUUUCCAUGUAAUUUCAAUGAAAUGACGUUAAACCAACGUGAAAUAGACGUUGAAUUGACGUCUGUGCCCAGUUGCAAUGAUUUAACUUUGGAUUCGGUGAAUCAGUUCCCACCGGAGAUAUGCAAUAACAGUUGCCUAUUGUAAAUGUAAGAAGUUUUCGCCCAGUGGUCAGAGCCACUCCUAGGUUACAGAUGAGAGGGAAACAAUACCAUGGACAACCGAAGUUGACAGCGCCUUGGGAUAAGGAUGCUGGCUACUGGAGAAAGCUCAAAACGCACAGGAACCAUACCAAGAUAAUAGCUCAGCCCGGCAUCGUGAUGAAUGUGCUACGCAGAAAGCGGAUUGUGUUGUUUAUAGCUUAUUUCUUACUGCUGGUGCUGACCAUGCUGAACUUGGCCAAUUAUAAAUGGACCAAAGUGCCCCAGCAGUGCAAUCACCAGAUGAGGAGCGCUUCCUAUCAAGGCAGGUCAGACAUCAGGUUCCUCUACAAACCCCACCUGGCCAAAAAGAGACAGUUGGUCUAUGUUCUGACCACAUGGAGGUCUGGGUCCUCCUUUUUCGGGGAGCUGUUUAACCAAAAUCCUGAAGUGUUUUUCCUGUAUGAACCCAUGUGGCACAUCUGGCAGAAGCUGUACCCGGGAGACGCUGUGUCUUUACAGGGGGCGGCCAGGGACAUGCUCAGCUCCUUAUACCGCUGUGAUCUCUCUGUGUUCCAACUGUACAACAGCCCAGGGGGAAAGAACUUUACCUCCCUGGGACUCUUUGGGGCCACCCUGAAUAAGGUGGUGUGCUCCUACCCCCUCUGCACCGCCUACAGGAAAGAGGUGGUGGGUAUGGUGAACGACAAGGUGUGUAAAAAGUGUCCCCCUCAAAGCCUUAGACUACUAGAGGAGGAGUGCCUCAAAUACAGCACUAUUGUAAUUAAAGGGGUGCGUAUCCUGGACGUUAACGUUCUCGCCCCCCUCAUGGAGGACCCGUCCCUGGACGUGAAGGUAGUCCACCUGGUCAGGGACCCCCGGGCCGUGGCCAACUCCAGGAUCAAGUCCAGACACGGGUUGAUCCGGGAGAAUCUGCAGGUGGUCCGGAGCAGGGACCCUAAGCUCCGCAGAAUCCCCUUCGUAGACCCUAACCGCAAAGCCAACAAGAAGGACGGCUCGGACUACCACUCCAUCGGAGCCAUGGAGGUCAUCUGUGAGCGCACCUCCAGGACCCUGAGGACUGCCUUAAACCCUCCCAACUGGCUCAAAGGGAAGUACAUGGCCGUUCGUUAUGAGGACUUGGUGGAGAACCCUGUGAAGAUCCUGAGGAACGUCUACCGCUUCGCCAACCUCACCACCAACCGUGACAUUGAGUCGUUCGCUCUGAACAUGACCGGCGGGUCUAGCUCGUCCUCCAAGCCGUUCAUAGUGUCCUCCAGGAACGCCACACAGGCUGCCAGCGCAUGGAGAACAGUGCUCAGCAUCCAGCAGAUCAAACAGGUGGAGGACUACUGCCAUCACGCCAUGGCUGUCCUGGGCUACGACAGAGUCAGGACGGCCGGAGAGGUCAAGGACCUCAGGAAGUCUUUACUGACUGUCUCCAAUCUGUGACAGAAAAACAGGAUUUUUUUCCUUUUCCACCAAAGAGUGAAUUUAAUGUUCAUUUAGCAUCUAGUGCCAUUCAGUUAAUCGUGGAAUUAAAAAGCUUUACUUUGGAAUGUGUUUUUUUGAGGAAUUCCACUUUUUGGCCACAUUCAAUGUAUCUUAGUUUUAUUUUUAAGUUCAAUUGCAGACAGUCAUAUUUGACAGGACCAUUACUUUUGUGUCUGGACAACUGUAUGUUUUUGACAAAGUAAGAAGGCCUACGAACAAUGACCUUGAAUAUUGAAACUACAACUACGGAAACAAACAAAUAGUGUAUGGUUCAUGUAUAUUGUUAACAAAACACUUCAAAAGUGGACGUUUUUGGGGGUUAUUUUGAAUGUUCCAAACCUGAGAAAAUACUUGGUUUUCCAGUAUCCAUACUGUCUGUAAAAGUGAGAGAGAAAAAAAAUGGGCGACAAAAAAAAGCAAUUCAUUCAUGACAAAUGUAAUUGUUUGAGCAGGUUAUGUUACGUUGUGAUUACUGGAUGGACUCCGAGACAAUCAUUAAACUGGUCUGUUAUAAUUAUAA